AUUUAACCAAUAAAAACUAUUGUCCUUUGCUUCUCCUUCUCUCCCUUCUUUGAACAAGUCAAAAUUGAUUUUAAUCCGUAUGAUAUUUUCCGCUUUCUUUGACUUCCCUUUGAAAAUUCCAGUCGAGAGCUUUCCCUAUCCAUCGAUUUAGGGUUUCCGAUUUCGUUUUCGAGCUUUUCUCGCUCUUCUCUCACUUUUUCUUUCCUCCUUUGGCUCUUUUCUCCUUCUUCAAUCUCUCUCCCAUGACUCUAAAGUCUCCAAUUCCUGUUAGAUUCCGAAUUAUCAUGAUCUGGGUGCUUAAUCAGAUCGAGAUAUCUAUAUUUUGUGCUUGAAUCGCCUAGGAUUUUCUAGUGUUUACGCGUCUUGUCAUGGUGAGUACUCAACAACGCACGGACGAUGACUCUUCUCAACCGGUAAAAGCUUCUCUUAAGAGCUAUGGGAUCACGGAGCCACUGUCUAUUGCUGGACCUUCUGCUGCUGAUGUUAAGCGUAAUUUGGAACUAGAGAAGUUUCUGGUUGAUGAGGGGCUCUACGAGAGCAAGGAAGAAACUAUGCGGAGAGAGGAAGUUGUGGUUCGCAUUGAUCAGAUUGUAAAACACUGGGUGAAACAGUUAACUCGUCAGAGGGGCUAUACUGAUCAGAUGGUGGAGGAUGCAAAUGCUGUCAUUUUCACUUUUGGAUCUUACCGCCUUGGAGUUCACGGACCUAUGGCUGAUAUUGAUACUUUGUGUGUUGGCCCAUCUUAUGUUAACCGAGAGGAGGAUUUCUUCAUUUUCUUCCGUGAUAUAUUGGCUGAAAUGGAAGAAGUGACUGAACUUCAACCUGUUACUGAUGCCCAUGUCCCAGUCAUGAAAUUUAAGUUCCAAGGAAUAUCAAUUGAUCUUCUGUAUGCUAGCAUAUCGCUUCUAGUUAUCCCACAGGAUCUGGAUAUCUCCAACUCUUCUGUGCUGUGUGACGUGGAUGAACAAACUGUCCGCAGUCUUAAUGGUUGUAGGGUUGCUGAUCAGAUUCUUAAACUUGUUCCAAAUUCCGAGCACUUCCGGACAACAUUAAGAUGCCUGAAGUACUGGGCUAAGAAGCGUGGGGUCUAUUCAAAUGUUACUGGAUUUCUUGGUGGUGUAAACUGGGCACUUCUGGUUGCACGCCUUUGCCAGUUUUAUCCAAAUGCUAUUCCUAGUAUGUUGGUUUCUCGAUUUUUUAGAGUAUAUACACAAUGGCGCUGGCCGAAUCCAGUCAUGCUUUGUGCAAUAGAAGAAGAUGACCUUAGCUUUCCUGUUUGGGACCCACGAAAAAAUCAUCGUGACCGCUAUCAUCUUAUGCCAAUAAUAACUCCUGCAUACCCAUGCAUGAAUUCUAGUUACAAUGUCUCUCAAAGCACUCUUCGUGUUAUGACAGAGCAAUUCCAGUUUGGCAACACGAUCUGUCAGGAGAUUGAGUUAAAUAAACAACACUGGAGUUCCUUAUUUCAGCAAUAUAUGUUCUUCGAGGCAUAUAAAAACUACCUUCAGGUUGAUGUACUAGCUGCAGAUGCCGAAGAUUUAUUGGCAUGGAAAGGUUGGGUGGAGUCACGGUUCAGGCAACUGACCUUGAAGAUAGAACGAGACACAAAUGGGAUGUUAAUGUGCCACCCUCAACCAAACGAGUAUGUAGACACUUCGAAGCAGUUUCGACAUUGUGCCUUUUUCAUGGGCUUGCAGAGGGCAGAUGGAUUUGGUGGCCAAGAAUGUCAACAGUUUGAUAUACGUGGAACAGUGGACGAAUUCAGGCAAGAGGUAAACAUGUAUAUGUUUUGGAGACCUGGGAUGGAUGUGCAUGUUUCUCAUGUUCGAAGACGGCAGCUUCCAUCUUUUGUUUUUCCAAAUGGAUAUAAAAGGUCUCGGCAAUCAAGGCACCAGAGUCAACAAUGCAGAGAACCUGGUGAUGAGGGCGUUGGUUCUUUAUCCGACUCUGUUGAGAGAUAUGCGAAGAGAAAGAACGAUGAUGAAAUUAUGAAUUCCAGGCCAGAGAAACGUGAGAAGCGCGCAUCUUGUAGUCUACAUACUCUGGAUGCAGCUUCUCCUGACAGCAGUGGUAUCACUACUAGUGGGACUCCUCAGAUUGGCAUUGUUCCAGGUCCUAGAGCUGAAUGCUUAGUAACUGGUGAUCUUGUUUGCAAUGUUACAAGUCUUCCUAACGUGGAAGUUGAGGCUGAAAAGUUUAUCAGUAAAAUCACGGAACUAAGAAAAUUCUCUCAGUACGAGCAUACCUCUGGUAGCGAGCAAAUCCUGGAAGUAGAUAGUAGGGCUCUAGUUCAAAGUUAUCAUGACCUGGCUGAGCCUGUAGCAAAACAUGUGAGACCUGACCUUAGUGCUUUGCUAGCGUGUGAAGGUGGGCAGAAUAAAGAAAUAGGUCAUGAUAUGGGCUCUGAAUCUAUUAAUGACACUGACACGCAACAUCUUCCAAGGCGACUAAAUGUAAAUGAAGAUGUUGAUGAAGUUGAGAGGGAAGCCAAGUUGGGAGAAAUUGCUGGUGGUGUUUUGUGGAAUGGACACUGUGGGCGGAACCUUGACCAUGAGGGUUUUGUGACUCCUGCAAAUUUGGAUUCAGCUGUGGAAAAUAGAAACUUGCAUUCAGACGGAUUGUUCAAAAGUGGCUUGCCAGAAGAACUUCAGGUUUUUAUUCUAACUCAUGUUAUUUGGCAUUAAAUUCAUGCGUCUGUAGUUUUUUUUGGCGUUUGGUUACUGGUUUGAGAUUUAUUAAUUAUGAUGCCAACGAUUUAUACUUAAACAUUUGUGACUUGUGAGUGACACACCCACUGCAUGACAUGUUGAAGGGUGCUCUUGUGCUUAAUUUUUAGAAUCAAGAAAUACGAGGUAACAAACUUAAAUUAGAAUGUUGUGCUGCUUAAGUGAUCAAUUUUAUGCUUUUUUUCUGCCAUGAUUUUAUUCUGUAUUAUUGCAUACUUGUACUGUCUUUUGAAACUAGGUUCUUUUCUCUUCCAAGAUCAUUUCUGACUUCUCUCCUUCUAUAUUGUAUUUUUGUGUCUUAGUCAAAUUCUUUGCUCAGCGGGACGGGGAAGCUGGACGAUGGAGCUAGGUCAGAAUCUUUGCAAAAUGAAAUGAUGAGGCAUGUGUUUUUGCAACCCAUUAUUGGUUUAUGCAAAUCAUGAUCUCUUUAUGCUCUUGUUGGUUUUCUUGGUACUUUUUAUAGCAGCAGGAGGUUGAGCUUGAAGUCCGUAGCGUGAGCGAGGUCUCCGCAAUUGAAAUGAGAACAGGAAGUCAAGAAAAAGGAAAAUAAAAAAUAAAUAACAAGAAUCAGAGCAACCCUAGUGUGUUUGCUUUGGACGACCGACAGCUUCAGAACUCGAAACUAUUGGUAAGUUCACCUAAAUAUGAAAACUAAAAGCUUAAAAAGGAAAAAAAAAAAGUUCUAAAAGAGAAAAGAAAAAAAAAAGAUUAACAAACAUUCAAAUGAUUUACUUGUUGGAUUCUUGGUGGGAUUGUGAGUAUCCAAACUCUGGGAAGAAUGAGGCAUGAAUAACGAGUUUGGGACACAAAAGACAUGCAUUGUUCGAUAUUAUGGUCCAGGUGAAAUGUGGAGCUGUGCUAGUUCAAUGCUUUUGCUGAGAGAGAUACAAAAUUAAAAAGAAAGAAACCAGUGAGAUCACCAUAGAACAAGGCAAGUGUAAUGUAUUUGUCUGCCUAUUCAGGUUAUUUCAGACUUGUUUUUGUAUAUUAUAUGCUUUGAGAUUUGGGAACUUUCAAUAUUAUACCAUUCUGUGCAUAGAAUUCUCUCCUGCUUUCUGAUUGCUGCUCAUUGUUCAUUAAGAGGUUUAUGAAAAAAGUUGAGAGAAAUAGAGUUCUUUUCUCAACCCUAAGUUGUAUCUGAAACUGUGACUAUGAUAAUUGAACAGAUCACACAAGUGAUGAACGAAUUCUUACUUGUGU